AGAACUGCCUAGCUCUAAUCGCCACCCAUUCAUUACAGCAUCAUGUCUUAUUUAAAAUUACCACUUCCUCCAAGCACUGUCGACGAUGGAGAAUAUAUCCUCGUCGAUGAUCCUUCUUCGGACGAAACGAGCGGUAUGGGAGAUUUCAAGUCGGUCAACCCAGACGACACUCUUUACGAUGACGAUUCUUCUUCGGAUGACUCAUGCGACUUCGAUAAUAUCAGUACCACUACCUCUAUAAUUGACGAUUUCGAGCCUGAUCUUGAAGACAUCGAGUCUGAUCCCCAAGUCAUCGAAGCCGCGAAGCAAGCAAUAGGAUUGAGUAACGUCAAUACCUACCAAUUCCAGCUUUUCAUACACUUUAAUAUGUUACAGGCAUUAUUCAUCUGUAGCGGCGAGAAGGUGCGGAAUGAGAUCAGGAAAUGUAUGCACAAUCUUAUGGCAUCCUACCCUACACUUUUCGGAGAAGUGUUUCGUUCCCUCCGAAGAGAGAUUUCCUGUCUCGGGAAGCAGACCAAAGACCUUGAAGCAGAGACGCGAAAUUUGAAACAAGAUAACAAUAGUCUGAAAGUUUUGGUCGAUGUGCAAGAGGAGGUGCUGGUGGCGCGGCAUAAAAAGGACAUCCAGAAUAUUCGUAAUUCAGCGAAUCGAGAGUUAUUGACUCUGAAAAACAAGAAGGACAUGGAAAUUGAAAAAGUUCGGACGAUCGCGAGAAUGGAGGGUGAGGUUCUACGCAAGGAAGUACAUACUUUGAAAUCGACGAAUCACACUUUUGACGCGAAGAUUGCUUCGGCCAAACACAUAGAUCAUGGAUCCAGCAUAGCAGACACAAAAACGGCCUCUCCUUUCCAGCCUGGCCAAGACAUUUCCUUGCAGUACAGAACGGAUAACACUCUGAAAUGUGGAGACGAAAACCAAUCCGAAUCGAAGGCUAUGAACUUCGGGACAGAGAAAGAAGUUCACGACUGUAUGGCACACUUAUCUCAGGCUGAUAUCUACAAGGCUCACGAAAGGGUGUGCAAGCAAAUAUCCGAGUUGCAGGGGCAACUCGAGCUCCAGCACCUCCAUAAAGCGAAACUUGUUGAAAAAAGCCAAGAGACGGUCAGGGAUAUGAACAUUGCCGUGGCACAACUACACUCGAGUCGGACAGAGAGCGCUCAACGACAAGAGACCAUCCGCAACCAAAACAAGAGAGACACAGAACGUAUAGAAGAGCUACAGAAGGCGAUUGAGGCUUAUCAAGAAGUCAAUUUGCUCGGAGUCGGGAGAGAUUAUUAUCAGCAACGAUUUGAACAGUCUCUAAGUAACCUGGAUGGCCGCGUGUGCUAGUUCUACUGCUGGUGAUUGGUGGUCGAGGAGGCGUUCAAGGUAUGUGGAGAGAAUACCCCACUAGCGGAGCUGUCACUCGGCCAUCUUGCGUCUUGUCUUCUGCACAAUACUGGUUCCCGAAUCUUGCUUUCUUGCUUCGGUGCGUUGGUGUCUUGGUGCUGUAUCGAAAAGGUUUUUAUUGUCUGCAAUUGGUAGAG